AUGUCAUACGCCGUCGAGUCAAAAAAGCGCAAAUUCCAUCGAGUGCUGGAGUCCAUCUCCAAGCCCCUUGCGACCGAUAAUGCGUCGAAACUAUCCACCACAGGGCCCGCCACUGUAGCCCAAGACCGCAACCUCUCAAUCAAAAAGGUCCGGCUGAGCGACAACGAUACAGCUAAUACCACUUCUGUGCGCGACUCCAUUCUUAAGAUUUCCCGACCGUCCAACCGAAAUAUAUCCUCUUCCUCUUCAACGCGCCCUACUUUCGUCCCCUGGGAUCGAGAACGGUUCCUCGAACGCCUCGAGACCUUUCGCCGUGUUGACCGAUGGACCUCCAAACCUGCUCCGAUCAAUGAAGUCCAGUGGGCCAAGCGAGGGUGGAUCUGCACUGAUGUCAUGAGGGUUAGCUGCAUCAGUGGCUGUGGCGGCUCGGUAGUUGUCAAGCUUCCGGAUGAGAUCGAUGAGCUUGACGGGUUUGAUAUGGAGAAAGUUCAAGAGAGGAAGGAAGUCCGGGCAAAACUAGUGGAAGAAUAUCAGAAGCAAAUCAUAGAAGGGCAUGGCGAUAAUUGCCCAUGGAGGAACAGGGGGUGUGAUGCUACGAUACAACAUCUUCCUUUGACAAACACAGAUGCAGCCAUAACUGGUCUUCGUACUCGAUACCUGCACCUCGCUGAGAUAGGCGAUAAGCUGCCAGCUCAUGACAGCGUUCGGACCCCAGAGGGCUUUGAUCUUGAAAGCAUGGUCAAAUCACUACCAGAAGAUUGGUUCGAAGAGCCCAAUAAAGUUUCUGAGGCUACCCAUCAAAGCACCGAAGCAAACGGCGACGAGAACGAAACUGACCUGCAGCCAGCGGGCCGACCGCUGCCAAACAUCAAUCGAGCAGCGUUGGCUAUGUCAUUCUUUGGCUGGGACUCAACCAUCGAUGGGUCCAAAGAUCUAGCUGCUUGUAGGGCGUGCUUCCGUCGCCUGGGCCUUUGGAUGUAUAAGCCAAAGGAGAACGGAGAGGUUUCCGUCUACACUUCCCUGGACGUGGUUACGGAGCACAUGGACUACUGCCCAUGGGUUGACCGGAAAGCCCAGAGUGGAACCGGCAAAGCGAAUGAGAAGACUGCCGAUCUACGAAGUGGAUGGGAAAUCGUCACCGAGGCUGUCAAGGUAAAGCACCGCAGACGAAUACGCUCUGUCGCAUCAGUGGGUACUCUUCGCACCGAACCAAGCACCCCCUCGGCAGACACAUUCAGUGAUGAGACUGCAGAGAACGAAGAGACAAAGAAAGCUGCAGAUCGUGAGUGGUGGGCGAAGAUUCGACGCAUGAGACAUGUCCUGACGCAUAAGUCACCCCGGCGCAAGCCUGCACCUCCGCAGUGA